AUGGGGAAGCAUGCAGAGGCUGCAUGGAAGCAAAGAGAGAGAAAACAGGGGCCUGUGUUGGUUCUGGCACUCCUCAACAUCUUCAUCGAUGACCUGGACGAUGGGCUCGAGUGUACCCUCAGCAAGUUUGCCAAUGACACAAAGCUGAGUGGUGUAGCUGACGUGAUAGAAGGAAGGGAAGCCCUGCAGAGGGAUUUUGACAAACUCAGCAGGUUGCCCGAAGGAUUAUUUGCAUUUGAGGUGAGUCUCUGGGAAAAUUACUGCUUGCUUAGAGUGUCUGCUGGCCUCAGGCAGCACACAAGCAGUAUAAAAGUGGGCCCAACUCCUCUCUCAGUCAUUCGCUCCUCUUGCCUCCAUCUCCCAGGGAACCAGGUGCCCCUCCAGACACAAGACAUGUCCUGCUACGACCAGUGCGUGCCACGCCUGCCCUGCCAGCCCUGCGGCCCCACCCCUCUGGGCAGCAGCUGCAACGAGCCCUGCGUCAGGCAGUGCCAGGACUCCAACGUCUUCAUCCAGCCCUCUCCCGUGGUGGUGACCCUGCCCGGACCCAUCCUCAGCUCCUUCCCGCAGAACACCGCCGUGGGAUCCUCCACCUCCGCUGCCGUUGGCAGCAUCCUCAGCUCUGAGGGCGUGCCCAUCUCCUCUGGAGGCUUUGGCCUCUCUGGCAUUGGCAGCCGCUUCAGUGGCAGGCGGUUCUUCCCCUGCUAAAUCUGUUGCUGAUGGCCCUGGAGGAAGAUCCCCAGGGUGCACAAAAUCUUUGUGGGACUUGAGACCAAGGAAUGGAGCUAGUUCGAUUACACUGCAAAUGUGAUCCAUGUCUUCCUUCCUUCCCCCUUUUCUCUCUCUCAUUUCCUUCCUGUGCCAUUAGUGAUCACCAUCUGCUCCUCUGCACAGUCAGACCCACAAUACCAGCGUAGGGGGGGACAGGAUGGCCCUUCUCCCGCUGUGCAAAGGGCGGAUGGAUGGAUGGCA